ACUCGAUAUCGGACCGACAAUACUGGCAAAUUUGAACUACACCAGGCAACCAAGAGUAGUUUUGUGAAAAUACAGCUUUCCAAUCACUUGGUUGCAAAAGGAAUGCAAUUAGGAUAAUUUUCAAUUGGUGAAUGUUAGAAUCGGGCGGACUGACGAAGCCGGAAAGAUUGAAGGACAGAAAGUUUGAAAUGAAAUCCUUUCCGUGAAAAAUUCAGAACUUGAAAUCGGUGUGAAUUCGUGCCUAGGCUCUCCUGGAAAAACAUGAGAAAAAACUCAUAGAAAAGUCUGUUUCGUGUGUUCUGGGCUAAUGUUAGUGCAAGAAGGGUUGAAACGUUGUAUAAAGUUGAGAUGUGCAGCAAUUAUGGGCAUUGGAGUCAAUAUAGCGUGUUCCAAGGAAACGUUUGAAAAACGGUGAAAAUCAUAGUCUAAAGAUUUCCACGGUAACUAUCUUUGAUUGAGUGAUUUAUGUGGAUGUACGAACGAUUUGCAAUUGGAAAAACAAAUACUCUAAAUUGCCGUAAUUUUUCGUUCGACUUAUAUAAUCCUACGGAACUUUCCCAGAGAUUUUCAUCUACAAACAAAAACACUCUCCUCUCGAAAGUAUAUGGUAUUGGACUCAGAACUUUUCGAUGGAAAAGUCGCUUGAACCUCCGAAAACUACUAUCGACUAGGUGUUUUGUGUUGAUUUGCGAGAGGUGUGUGUUACGCAAUCAGUGCAUUAAAUUUGAUAUGUGCUACGCGACCAUUUCCCAAGGAAAUUCUAUUGGACACCGACUGCGGGCGAGACGAUCAAAACAAAACUUUCAACGAUACUUUGAAUAUGGCGAAAUGUCUGGUGCAUAGUAGCGCGUUGUCAAUUUUUCCGGGGAACGUCCCCAGAUCUCAGAGCCUCUCAUUGACAUGUCGUAUUUGUUCGCUUGGUUUCAGAAAGGACUCAUCAGUCGCUUGAGUGAUAUUCUUAUACCUUGUCACCACCCGCUCUAUGGAGUCUGAAACGAUUUUGGUGUUGAAAAAUUGAGAAAUUUUGGUUACGACGAGAGCUCAAAGUCAAAAUGUAAUAAUAUAAAAAAAAUAAACAGAACGAAAAGAGGAAUUCAUUCGCAAAGCUGAAGAUGGGAAGAUUGGAAAAAUCGAAAUCCUUUUGAAUCGCGAAAAAAGGCGAGCAGGAAAGGAGAACGAGAAAAACACAAAUAUACACCAGAGAGUUGUAGUAAAAUCGGAAAGCUCGUUGCUAAUGCCUUCAGGGGAAAAUCGCGAAAAAGCUACAUCAAGUUCAGUCAUCAGCUUCUUGUAGUCUGUCGCACACAAACCAAGAAACCAAGAAAAAAGGAUACGUUACGGGUAGAAGCUCUACCACUCCUGCCAUUGCUCCUACUCUCUUUGCGAAAUUUUCACGGUCUCUCUGGGAGUCUCGGAAAUUGUUUUUCAUUUCGGACGGCAAUGAUGUAAAACACUUUGUAGUAAACGUUAAUUUUUGGAAAAUUUGUAAUAUCGCUUAUCAUAACUAAGAACUGUUUUAAGUGUAACAUGUGCGUGGUUUUGAACGGAAAGAAAAAACGGACUAACUAAGAAACGCCGUUCAACUCCAGAUAACAUAGUAGUCGCCGAAGUGUGAGUGAGACAUUUGAAAUCUUACAUAAAGCCUCUUGAAUCCUGAAUCCUGAAAAUGGAAAAAAAGGACUAAUCGCUUUAGUCUAAUGUUGGAUUUAAGUUCGGUGGAGGACAACUAGACAAAUAAAUUGGAAAUAUCGAACCAAAGUUGGGCUGGAUAAGAGAUCAUUUAGUUCCGCCCUAAUCUAGUCGUGAUAUGGUCGUAAGUGUGCGUAUAGGAAAACACAGUGAACAUGCUGCUCCUAGACAAACGUGUUAGUCGAAACUCCACAAACAAAUCUCACCUUUCAUGCCUGCUUCGAACGGAGACAACUGUUCUAAGACUUGACUCCACGAUGGACGAAUAAUACUUGAAACACGUAGAAAAAUCAAACUCUCUCUGAAAACUUAUCUUAAUCACCCGCAAGGUAGUACUAUGGGUCCAAUGUUGUAUCAAAGUAACCAUGACGACGAUAUCGCGCCAUUUAGUGUAGAAAAUGGAUAUUUUGCUAUAAAUUCCUCUAGCUUAGAAGCGACUCCGCGGAAACGGCUCUACGGCUACGGAACAGGCGAAGAUGUAGCGGAUAAGAAGGAGUGUCUUGGCCGUUUGUGGGGCGACCAAAGUCAAGACGCGAGAGAUGAUCGUACGAAUAGCAAUAUCAUAAAAUCUAAAUCUUCCAUAAUAUCACCUAAUACUAUUACUACUACUAUUGCUACUACUACUUCUAUUACAAAUAAUGCUAACAUAAAUCGUGAUAAUGCUGAAAACACAGUUUCGUCUAGUAAUAACCAUAACAACCAUAGUGAAAGUGAUGUAAGCGUUGGCCAUGGCGGUCACGGGGGCCACGGUGGCAGUGUGAGCGUUAAUAAGAAUAGCGUGAAACUGAAUCGAGUGCAACGACAUCUACAGCGGAAGCGUCGACGGGGUCGACUAAGGAAGCUGCUGGGGACCUGUCCAGUCACAAACAAUUCAAUACUCUCAAAUCUAAUGUCGUCAUUUUCUUUAACAUACUCACUGCCGCGUGGCAUCAAAUCAGUACUAUCAUCAUCGUUACCGUUACCGUUAUUGCGAUCGUUAUCCGUUCUUUAUCGUUACGUAGUGAAAUUAUUAUCAUUUACACGUUGUAUGACAUCAUCGCAAUUACUAUGGAUUUUCGGAUUAAUUGUUGCCAUUCAAUUGCUUCCAAUUAAUUUAGUAGACGCCUCCUCAUCGUUAUCAUCUUUAUCGCCGUUACACAGCGACGAACAGUAUGACGCUUUAGAACCUAGCGAUAGUGAGAACACGUCUUACAUGAAUAGCACUGAAGGUGGUAAUGUUACGCACAAAACGCCUCUUUUCCCAAAGGAUCUAUUCACACGCGAGCAAUUGGAACGCGGUGCCGUUAUUCUUCAUAUACUCGGUGUUAUAUACAUGUUUGUCGCAUUAGCAAUUGUAUGCGAUGAGUUUUUCGUGCCUUCAUUGGAUGUGAUCAUCGAAAAACUAGAUAUAACGGACGAUGUGGCGGGUGCGACAUUUAUGGCAGCGGGCGGCAGUGCACCGGAGCUAUUCACAAGCGUGAUCGGUGUUUUCGUAUCCUUCGAUGAUGUCGGUAUCGGUACGAUUGUCGGUUCGGCCGUUUUCAAUAUCCUUUUUGUGAUUGGUAUGUGUGCAUUGUUCUCGAAGACAGUUUUGUCUCUGACAUGGUGGCCAUUGUUUCGUGAUUGCUCAUUUUAUAGUGUUAGUUUAUUGAUUUUAAUCUAUUUUUUUCGUGAUAAUUUGAUUUAUUGGUGGGAGGCAGCGGUGCUAUUCCUCAUUUACAUUGCCUAUGUUGGAUUUAUGAAAUGGAAUCAACAAGUGGAGAGAUGCGUUAAGAAAGUGGUCUAUAAAAAUAAGGUGACUCGUGUUCGAAGCACUGAUCAACUAAUGCCUGCAGUGGAUGAAAACCUGCGAUUGAAUGAACGUCAGGGUAAUGCCGCCAAUUCAUCGGAAACAUCGAUGGCAACACAACCGGGAGGUUCAGUGACGUCACGGGCAGCAUCGGAAAGUAGAUCGGGACCGCCAGGAUCGAGUAGUGGUGCCACAGGUAAUAGCAGUGGUAGUACAGUGACGGGUGCAAAAUUUCGCCAUGGCCUCUUGCAGCUUAUGAUUCACACUAUAGAUCCGCUACAUGAUGAAACCGUUACAGGCAAAGUGGAUGAGAAAGCAACCCAACUGCAUGCAAUUGCAUCGCUCAAGGUACUCCUGGAUGCAACGAAACCGCAACGCGGUGCAGCAACUACCUCGGCCGCGAAUCAUGUGAAAAUCAAUCUCAAGGAGACAACACUAGCCAGUGAUCGUCCAAAUGGAAAUAUCGACACCACAAUUGAUUCGCCAACAUCGGGUCGUCGUUCUAGUUGGAUUGAACAAAGGGUCAAACUGCAAACGAGAAGAUUUAGUACCAAAGUUCCAACGGUAAUUACUGAAUUUGUAAAGGGAAAUGAGCUGGAAGAUGAGCCAGAAGCAUUGAGCAUGUCAUGGCCAGCGACAGGACGAAAGCGUCUCACCUACUUGUUGGUGGCACCAAUUCUUUUUCCGCUUUGGCUAACAUUACCGGAUACGAGAACACCACGCGGAAAACAAUUUUUCCCAGUAACAUUUUUAGGCUCAAUUGUAUGGAUAGCCGCUUACUCUUAUCUUAUGGUCUGGUGGGCGAACGUAGCUGGCGAUACUGCUAAGAUACCACCUGAGGUGAUGGGAUUAACAUUCCUAGCCGCCGGUACAUCUAUUCCGGAUCUUAUCACGUCCGUAAUAGUUGCUCGUAAAGGAUUUGGUGAUAUGGCUGUGUCCAGCUCAGUUGGAAGUAAUAUAUUUGAUGUAACUGUUGGAUUACCAAUACCAUGGCUUUUAUAUGGUAUUAUAUACCAACAACCAGUUGAAGUAAAUUCCGUUGGAAUGGUGUGUUCAAUAACAAUAUUGUUUAUGAUGCUAUUAUUUGUAGUAUUGUCAAUAGCGUGUUUCCGUUGGCGUAUGAAUAAGGGCCUUGGUCUAACUAUGUUUCUAUUAUAUUUCGUUUUCGUUGCCGUAUCAUUAAUGUUUGAAUACAAAAUGAUAACAUGUCCUGUGUAAAGAAAGCAUAACAUGAACUAGUUUAAAACAAAAUAAAUAAAACAACAUAUAAAUUGUAACAUAAAUAAAAGCAAACAAAAAAAAAAUGAAACAAAUUUACCAAUAGUGAAAAAGAUAAAAGAAUAUAUUAAAUUUAAAUAUUAGUUUGCAGUUUAUUAUUUUCCUUGUUCAACCGUUCGUUUGUGCAUUCAAACUAAGUAAUCUAGUUAUGUAAAAUGAAUUUCAGAGUCUAGACAAACUAUAAUUAUUCUGAUUAUUUGGAGAACGACAUAUAUACCGAAAAUAGAAUACUAUAUCUGAAUAUCUUUCAAGAAAUCUAAACUAUCAAGUGAAAAUCUUUUUAAGAAGUUUAAAAUGAACCGAAAAUUUUCAACUAGUGUAUAUGAGAGUUAUGUAGAUACAAAAUAGGAAUGAAAAACUAUAUUUAAACUAGUUAAUCUUUAAAGAAGGAAACUAAGACAUUGUUUUCUUUUCGAAAAUCACUUGUUGCUCUCGAAUUCGUUUGAAUAUCAUGCAGUCCAUUAUUUAUACUCCAGCCUUGAUCUUCAACUUCGGCUUUCCAAUAUCUACCACAAUUGUCUUGGUUCAAUAAAAUAAUCUUUUAGUUUGUUCAAUCUUCACUCGAAAUUUAGCUAAUACUCACUAUUUUAUGAAGAAAGUACUAAAACACAAAAAGUAUUUUAAUUCGAAAGGAAACCCAAAAGGAAAUUCAUAUCUUUACCUCUUUCUCUACUCUUAGAAGUUGGAAUAGAAACAAACAAAAAUAUCAAAGUGCUGUCUAUCUUUUUCUCUCUAUCUCAUCAUAAUCUUCCUUAUUAUUAACUUACCUAAUGUAAAUUUAUAUUUAGAGUGAAUACCGAAACUAACAAGAAGCUAAUCAAUCUGUAAUUAAAUUCUUGAAGCAAGACACAAUUAAAAAGAUAUUUCAUAAACUCUUCUAUUUAUCUGACUUCUAUAUUUAAACAAAAAAAAGAUAUAAUCAUAACGAAAAAAAAAAUCAUAUUAAUAAUAACUGCGACAAAGAGAAUUAUAUAAAAUGAAAAUCGUUAAAAUUCACAUGUUGAGACAAAAAAUUUGAAGUAAUGUUAAAGAAUAUUCAAUUGUUAUGGAUUUUUUCAAAGAAAAAAAAAUUUGAAUUAGCCACGUUUCAUCUUCAUUAGACAAAUCCUGAAAUUCUAUUAAAUUUUCUCCUAUUUCAUGAAGCGACACGUAGACUUAUAUUAACUCUAAUUGUAUCUUAACGAAAUAAGCGACAUUUUUGGAAAUCGGAGCAGAACUGAUUUACGCUGCCAUUCGGAUCCUAUUGGUAAUUUUUUAAACUCAAAUUUCGGUUGUCAUUUUUAGAAAAUGCAUUAUGCUUCAUAUGUACAGUAAUCAUUAAAGGUAUGUGCAUUUAUGGAGGGUCUGACUGAUACUUAUUUACCUGUCCGUCUUAUAACUGAAGGUGAUUUCUAGUAAACAUUUUCAGUUAAAUAUCUUUUUGGUCUGGUUUUCCAAUUAACGACCUAAGAAAAUUUGGAGACACUCAACAUUACCAGUAUGUGAAAUGGUCUGCAUGUCCUUAUUCAUAGCUACCUACUUUCAUUCUUAAAUACGUCCGAGCUGCAGUCGCCUUCCUUCAGAUCCUUUGUCAACCAUGCCUUCCAACUUCAUAGUUAUUGACAGCUUACUUCGUGAAACACCUGUUAACGUUAUGUACUGCCACCAUGCCCCCCAUGGGACCUCUUUUCCAAAGUGCAGCGGUAUCUUUAAGACUUUGCUAGCUUAUAUACUUGUACGGGUAGCCCCCAGUCUCAUCUGGGUUUUACUCCGUACGUUGCGGCUACUCUUAGACCAAAUAGAACGAGGAAUAAAGUAUAUUUUUAAAUUUUUGUCCUAUAUUCUUGUUUUAGCAAGGCUCUGAUUGCCAAACCUAUUUCGUGUAGGGUCUCGGGAUCCAGCCGCGUC